AUAUUGGUGUAGCGUGAAAUUUAUAAGUAACUUCAUCUUUGUUUUGUUUACAGGUGCUUGCACGAAAAAGGGGCUGAAUUUCGCUGAAAACACCUCUUGAAGUUAAACAACAUUGGGUUUCAUGAACUAUUUUGCCACAAAAUCACAUUUAAUAUGCUCAUCAUAUGUAUGAGAGGACAGAAAGUCAGUUAUCUACCAGAAAUGGGAGAAUUUAUUAGCUCAGCGACAAUCGUUUGACGGUCCCACUCGUUUAGUUUUUUUGUUUGUGAUUUCAGCAGCGAUCGAGUCCGAGCCGAGGCCGAGGCGAGCCCGACAGGGUCAGGAUCAGAGAAAGCCUGCCAGUUUCUCCUGUGCAGUCCCACUCCAAGUCUCCAACCUAACCGAAAAGGGCAUGGAUUACAAUGAACGACACACUAGCAACCAUCAACGUUGAUCAGCUUAGCAAUGCUGUCAAUGCAGUUGUCCAGUCUACCGCAUUAGGCCAAGUUCCUUUAGACCCCUCCCCACCACCUGCCGAUCAUCCUGAUGCUUCCCCUCCCUUCUGUGAGGGGGGUAAGUUACCUUCCCCUGGUGGUGGUACAACACAGGUGGUGCAGCCAUGCUCCUCUUAUUGUGGGAGAACUUUCGGAGGGAGGCUGGCUGAAGGACAUAAUAGCAUCCCAGCGACUACCAUAUCUUCGAACAAGGCAAACAUUCCAGUACCGAUCCAUCAGCAGUCUACCAAUCAACCGGUUUUUCAUACCCAGACUCCUGGACCAGUAGUUCUUGUACCUAAUCCAGGAGUUCAGGCAGGGCAGAGAGUGGUUCAACAGAAACAAAGCUCUGCCAACAAUCAACCACAAGACCAAGGGCCAAAGAGGUUCUACAUGUUAAAACAAUCAGGUUCCAACUGGGUUCUAGUUCCAACACAAGCCCAAAUACCACCUCCUAUACAGUGUAACAAUGAUGGUCUGUUGAAGGCUGUCACUGGGAAUUCAGAUUCCAUCACAUACCGACCGUCUUCUGGUUUCAAACAAGGCGCUCCCAUCUCAGUUUCUCUACCAACUACACAAAGUACCAGCUUGCCAAAUGUGAUAAGACCACAGACACCUAAUAUAAACAUGAACAUCGCCAUCCAUCUACCAAACAAUGGGACAUCCUACCCUAUACCAGGACACACAAAGUCUAAUGGACCGCAGCAAGCCCUUCAACCAAUCAGGACACAGAUGCCCCUAGACUCCACCCAUCUUUUGUCCCAACCUUGCACCCUUGCUAAAUCAACUGUAUCCCCUAAAGUCAAUACUGGUCGGUCAAUGAAGCACAACGCACCUGUCAUGAUUCUCCCAAACACCCUUAGACCAUCUCAGCUACGACCUUUGACCUCUCAGGUGGGUCCGUUUCCUUCUCAGAUCAGCGUACUGCCCACUGGACAAAGUGGACAGUCUCAGGUGUCACCGUUUCGUCAGGUUAGUGUACUGCCCAAUGCUCAAACAGGACUGACCGCUGGUCAAACAGGACAGUCCGAGGUAGUGCCGAUGCCAUCAAGCUCGAACAUUACGGUUCCGUCUGUUCUUAGGAACAGCACCAGUGUUUCAAACAUCAACUUGUUUUCCCCUCCCCUCAACUUCGGAUCUCAAAUCCAGAUGCUGUCACCUUUGACCUCUCAAAAGGGCUGCCAUACCAGCAACAGCCUCGGAGGUUUGACCAACUCUUUAGAUCUACAACCAGCUCUGUUGAAUCAAGGUUUGGUACCUGAACUUGUCAACUUACAACCCCAGCAGAUAUCUCCUGGUGUAGUCAAACUCACAUCUGGACCACCCUUGAUCUCACAUCGUGAGGAGAGGUCAAAGGUUAUGACCUCUAGAGUAAGGGUCAAGUCAAGAAACGAGCCAGGAGAGCAGAACAGAAAACAUAAAAUUCUAGAAUCAUGGUGUAUUUCCUGUAGAUCUAUUGUUAAAUGCUGCCCUCAUCAGAAACCUGCUGUUGUAGUUGCAGACAAGGCAGUUGAAACCAGAGCAAGGCAGUCUCUACCGGAUCUUUUGAUGCUCAAACCAUCCAUUGCCAUUCCAGGCGAGACAGGAGUCUACGCCAAGCGGGAGAUUCUGCCAAACACUCGAUUUGGACCUGUGGUUGGAAAACUUGCUGACGUCAAUUCAUCGACAGACCUAGAUGCAAUUGGCCACAAAACAUGGCGGAUAUUUUCUGAUAGAAAAUUGUGUCAGCUUCUCUUCACGAACGAUGAGAGUUGUUCUAAUUGGAUGAUGUUUAUUAAGAUGUCCAAAGACCACAACCUAAUGGCAUUUCAGAGCGGAGCUCACAUCUAUUUUACAUCACUUACAAAAAUUCAACCUGGUGAAGAGCUCGUUGUGUGGUAUUCCAAGGAGUAUGCAAGACUAAGAGGCAUCAGGGACUAUAAGGGCACCAUGAAAUGUCAGAAAUGCCAUGAGAGUUUUCCAGGUAACACUCACCUACAGUGUCACAUGGCAGAAGCCCACCCUUCCUCUCAACAAGACAAGAUGUACAAGUGUGACGUGUGCUCCUACGUGUUCUCCUCAUCAUCCAAGCUAAGAACUCACCUCUUGACGCAUCUUGGGGUGAAACCGCAUCGAUGUAAGAUCUGCCACAAGGGAUUCACAGACCGUAGUAACCUCAGGGCUCACUCACUUAUACAUGCAGGAGUGAAGAAGUUCACUUGUGAGACAUGCAACAAGAGUUUCCGCCAGAAAGCCCAUUUGGUAUCUCAUCAGAUAAUUCAUACAGGAAAACGAGACCUUCAGUGUUUCGUCUGUGAGAGGAUGUUUGGUAGACAGAGUGAUCUCAGUUAUCACAUGAAACAACAUAGAGAAACUAAGAAAUUGAGUUGCCCUGUAUGUGACAGAAGAUUUUACAAAGACUGCCAGCUGAUAAGGCAUAUGAAGAUUCACAGUGGACAAAGGGAUUACCAAUGCCACAUUUGUAACAAAGGAUUCAUCACUAAAUACCAUCUCAGUAGACACCUGAAGUCCUGUGAGCGGUAUGAGCGAUUCCGACGUAAGUCAUGGCCUAAUAGCUUGGACAGCAUAGCAGGAGUGGUUGGCCAAUCAAGUGAAGAAAGACAUUUUGUAAGGCCCACUGCUCCUGGAGACAUGCAAGAAAUCAUUCCCCCAAGGAGGAGACGUCAAAUGCCAGAGGUUCAGGAAGGGACUUCCUCAAGGAUUUUGAGAAGCUCUCGUGGGCGACCUAUCAAACCGAAGCCUAUUCCUUCAUACAUGGCUCAGCUCGUAAGCCCACCUUCAAGAGGAUUGGGAAGUGCAAAGAGAAAGAAGCGGGUGCCAAGGAAGGUUAGCCGACUUCCUAAUAGGGAGCUUGACUCUGGUUCCCUAGCACACACUGUUUCUGUGACUUUGUAUGAAGUACAACCUGGUAACACCCAAGAGAUUGGGCCAGGUGUAGGUCCACCAACAGAUGGUGUGCAACAGAUGGUUCAAGGUGCCAUUUCAGAGAAAACCAAGCCGACAAUACCACCUGAUCAUUCAUCAUCAAUGUCUGUGUAUGGUGUCCAGGGGGAGACAUCAGAAGGUAGUUCCGACAUGGCAGUUGAUCAGCAACAGCAGGGCAGCACUUUGUCUCAACUAGCUAUUUCUGUCCCUCAAGAAUCAUCCAUAGUUCUUGAUUGUGACAAUUAUGUUUCAUCCUCUUCAGUCACCCAACCUCACCUGCAAUCGUCCUACGCUUACACCUCUUCUGACCCUCAAGGAGAUGAUGGAAUCCAUGAUGGAUCCCUGACAACACCUCUCUUUGAUCUAGGUGAAGGGCCAACCAUGUCCUCUGCAGUCCAGGUGAUGCCAACUUACAACUCCCAAUCCUUCUCACUGGAAGAAGAAGACAGCCAUUCAGAUGCAUUUGCUGGACCUCAAGAGCAUUGCAAUCCAUCCGGCUCAUUUUUCAUGACCGAUGCUCCCAUGUCGGACCCUGUUGCAAGCAGCUCAUCACGGAGCCUUCGCCAUCAGACCCAUGUUGAUUCACUCGCCGAAGACAACCAUGCCGGUACCUUUGCAGAAGCUCGGGAACAUUGUUCUCCUGCACCGGCAUUAUUCAUGACCGAUGCUGCUAUGCCUGACUCUGUUGCCAGUACGUCCUCUCAGAACCUUAGUCAUGGGGGUCAUAGAAGCUCCUUGACAGAGGAGGAUUCCCUUUUCUCUAUGGAUCCCUCUCAUGGGUCAGGGACAUCACUUUCCCAACACACAGGAGACAGCAUAGAUGACAUCAGUGUAGACUUAAGAGCCAUCGAGAGGGCGCUAGACUCGGAUGAAGAGGAGCCAUGUACUGAUGAAAGAAGGGGAGAUUCCCCAUCAGAGAACAUUGAGGAAUGACUUUGAUUCUUGCUGUCUGCCACAUAGCCAGCCAGCUAGAUUACCCAGCAUUAAUCAAGGUACUUGGGCAACAUGUCUUAUGGUUAAGCUUCAAUACAAUAGCUUUUGCACAGUGAAUUACAAGUAUGAGAAUGGGGGGGGGGAAAUUCCAUAAAUGUAAUGUCAUAUCAGGCAUAAGCAUAUAAUAUUCUUGCGUAUUAAAUUCAAGAAUAUAAGUGAUAUUAUGUUUAAAGUAAAGAUUAUGAAAUUAUGUAUUUUAACAGACUCAAAUGUAAACUGCCGAGUUGCCUUUAAACAACUUUGGUCUAAACCUAAUGCCCCUUUAAAAUCCUGCCAGCUCAUAUUUUUUUUAAUUUCGAUUUUGGCAACAAAAAAUAUAUAUUAAAAAAGUGUGUCAACCAACCCCAAUUUUCAUACAUAUUCUACAUCUAAAAAAAAGAUGUACUAAUGUUGAUAAAAAUCAGCUAAUGGCACAGUAGAACAUCAUUUAUCACGUAAGCAGAGGACAGUUAUGCAUGAACAAACUUUAAUCUAAAUGUCAAAAUAAAUUUAAGAGUUCUUUCAUGUCAUACACCCAAGCUCCCCCCCCCCCCGUUACAGCGAAUAAUUUGGUAAGGUGUUAUUGCCCUUUCUUGCCAUAAGUUAUUACAUCUCAAGAGCAAUGUAUUCAUUGAUAAUCUGAUCCAUGUGAGUUAUUGUUUGUUAACAAGCAGAUUUGUACUUAUAAUGUACCGUAUUCUGGUUCAAUUAACCAAGGUUGAAUUUGACCAUAUGGAUUGCUAAUUUUCAACUCAUCCACAAAAUAAAAAUUAUAGUCCUGAGAAAAGUUGUUCAAAACUAAGAAAUGUAUUUGUGUUGUUAAAGAGAAAUUCCAGUAGUUGCAGUAAACACUGAUUUCAUGAGAAAGUCUGUAAAACCAGGCUUAAUUGUCAGAAUAUCAUCGAGGAUCUAGAUCUGGUACAGUUACAUAAACUGAACUUUGUGAAAUCUAGAAAUCUACGCUGAAUAAUGUUCAGACUGAACUUCCCCAACACAGAUAAGCGCACGUGGGACAGUGUAUAAUUAUUGCUUUGAGCGUCGGGCCCGACGCUCUACCCGAAUCCUGUGCUUAUUUGCUGAUUUCUAAGCAAUUACACAAUUUCUUCCAGAAUCCUUUGGCACAUGCGUUUUAUUUAUACAAACAGACACUUUGGUGGUCAUUUCAUUGGAUUCUGUACGAACUCAUUUUGAUAUCGUUACCAAAACUAGCAUUUACCUUUAAGGACGUUCCACAGUUAUGUUUGUGCGCAUUAUGAUCUGCGCAGAGUUUACACUCUGCGCGCUGACGUCACAAUGGAUGAACAGGUGAUUAAUUAGCUGCGGGUAUGAGCUGAUUUUUCUCAUCUUCUGCCCUUUAACUGCAGAUCCGAUGUGUUAUUUCAUGAAGCUAAAAAAUUGAAUUAUUCCAUGGACGAUUAAAAAAAAAUUAUCUACAAUUUCAAAAUACUUUACUCUGCAGUGCUGCCAAGAAUCACGAAUAUUACCCCGAGUUUGAAUAAAUGGGAGAGUGGUUUUGAUUUUUUCUUCACAUAGAUACAAAGUAUUCGGCGCAUUUUUGGUGUUUUAAAAAGCACAUUUGCUCUAAUAAAAAUGCUGAUAGUUUAAAAACAAGCACAUGAACCCCUAUUUUUUAAUGUUUGUACCUCUUAGGUAUACCUUCCUUUACAACUCUGCAAAUUUUGGUGAAAAUGACAUGGAUUUUGAAUAAAGUGCAGCAUUUAUUGUACGUUGUAGUUUGUUACUGAAAUUUCACAUUUUUUAGAUUGGGAUUUUGUUAUCUUUUACGCCAUUUUUAAGAACUGGCAGUGCUGUCAAACUUAAAUUUGCAAACAAAUAGCACUAUAAAUAGAUUCUCCAUUCUAACGAUACAAUUAUUAACUCUCUUGCGAAAUUUGAUGACUUUUUCAUGUAUUUUGACUGAGUAAUAAAGGUUUAAACUCAUUGUAGUAAUCUUGGGCGGUCUAAAAAUGCCAAAUUCUUUUGAAUGCGCAAUUUUUAAGAACAUCAAUUUAGGUGAACUUUGAAGCUCUAUAGCAAAAAAUCAAGCACAUGGACCUAUGUUAAUUUUUGCAUAUUUCAAAUAUUAAGGUUCUAAAGUAUCUAUGUGCAAAGUUUGGUGAAAAUGACAUGGAUUUCACUUUAACUGUGGAACGUCCUUAAAUGAAAAUAUGAAAAUGAGAGUAUAUAUUGAUCAAGGUCAAACAUCAUUUUAGGUUUAGAGCUAAAGAAAAAAAGAAAGAUUUUCUUCUUAUACAUAUUAAUGAAUGUGUUUUGAUUUAUUAUAUUUUAUCUACAGUAGGUACAUUGGAUUAUGUAAUACAUUAUUUGAUGGAAAAUAGAGUUUUAGGGAUCACAGAAGAGAAUUUAUCAUUCUGAGAGGUUGGCAGGUCUGCAGUCAAAUUACAGUUGUAUAAUGUGUAACUCUUGUGGGAUUUUAUCUGCCUGUUCUCCUGUUUUAUGGUCAUUCAUGUCUAGAAAUGCAAUCCUUGCCAAGCAAUUAUAACUGCGCACAUACACUUAACGCAAAGUUAACCUUGCACUUAGGUUUCAUGAGCUGAGAGUAUAGAUAUUAUGAACGGAUGAUUUCGUACAGAUAGGAAAAUAACCAAUAAUGUGGAAGAGGGUCUAUAAAUAUUUUGUGCUUAUUUCCAUGAUAUACAAGAAUUUUAUGCAUGUUUGUAGAAAAUUUACUGAUAUGUAUUUUGUGUAUAGUAAAAAUAUUUAUGUUGAAUAUGAAAGGCACCCAAAUGUUUAACUAAGAAUACAUCUAAUUAUUGAAGUAAUUCUAUGGAACAUGCACAUAUGGUAUUUCCAUUUUUAUUUCAACUUUUUAUUGAGGUAGAUUAAAGGGAUACUCAAGCAGGAAAAUUAUUGAUUUGAAUAGAUUGGUGACAUCAAACAAAUUAAUUACUGAAAUUGUUAUGGCAUUAGGUUUUGUAUGAUUCUGAGAUAGUUAUGUGUUGUAUCAUGAAUAAGCCAUGCCAUGUUAUCUUUUGCCUUUUUCAUAUACAUGUAUGUUGUAUGAAAUUCAAUUAUAGUUCUGCUGAAUUUUCUGCUCCAAGAAUUUUUAUUAUAAUGUGCACUGUUAAAAUGGAAAUAUUUUGGUACCCAUGUUUAAAAAGAAAUCAUGUACCCGUAAUGAAAUGG